CUUUACUUAUGAGACUUAUGUACGAAUACAGGUAUUCGAGUGCCACUAUGCCGACAAAGAGGACAAAGAGGAUUCUGGAGUAGCAACGAUUUUUUCUCAGGCAUAAUAAAUUGUGCUGAAAUAGAAUUGAAAGUUUAAUGAUCGAUUAAUUCUAAUUCGUUUGUGGCUGCUUAUGAUGUUGUGCGUGUCGUACCGCGAUCCGUUGGCUGCCGAAGAGGCUGCGCAGUGGGCUCGCGCACUGUCGACAUCUCGACAGCGUUCCAGUUGGUCUUUGCCCGCGCUCUGCUGGAGGUUUCUUCGCGCACUACGAGAUG